AUGGCCGCAACCCUCCGUUUCAGUGUCUUCGUAGCUCUGGUAGUGAUUCUCAGCAUAAUCGCCGCCACCUACAAUUCCGACGACAUCCUUUUCCCUCCUUCCUCCAAAUUCACGAAUUUCCCCUCAUCCAAUCAGACGGCGCUAGCCGGAAUUGGGCGUUGUGGCGUGGAUGAGGCGAUCGACUGCGGCGAUCCCGAGGUUUUCCAAUUGCUGAUGAGUGCAGCAUUUGAGAGGUUGAAUGAUGUGGAUUUCUACCGGUUUGGGAAGCCAGUGGAAGGGGAUAAUUGCAGUUGUUGCCAUAUGGCGUGGCGGUUUAGGCGCAGGGAGGGCGGAUUUGAUGAGGAUAGUCGGAAUUUUAGGGUUUUGAGGUUUGGUGACGGAAAAUUGGGCGUGGUUGGGAUUGGGGAUUUUCAUUCUGGUGGCAAUGUGAAGAAGGGGAUGGUGGGGAGGGUUGAAAUUGGAGAGAUUGUGAAUGGUGAUCGGCUGAUCGAGGAGCCGUUUAGUCGAGGAAAGUAUUUGAUGUAUGCAGGGGGUGGUGAUAGGUGCCAUGACAUGGGAUACUAUUCGUGGAAGUUCGUGUGUGCGUUAGGUGAGGCGGAGUUCUUGAACCGGACUCUGGUUGUGGAUAUGAACGUGUGUUUGUCGAAGAUCUACACUUCGUCUGGCACGGACGAGGAUAAGGAUUUCAGGUUCUACUUUGAUUUCGAGAGGCUGAAGGUUUUGUCUUCGGUGGUUGAUCAGGUUGAGUUCUGGCUAGACUGGAAUGAGUGGAGCGAGAGAGAUGGAUUGAAGGUUCGUGUCGUGGAGGGUUCUAAGGCUACACCGGGGAAGCUGGCUGAAUGGAAUGAGAGUCUGAUCGUGAGGAGGUUCAGAGAGACUGAUGAUUUCUGGUGGCGAGUGUGUGAAGGGGAGUCGGGUGGUGUGAUCCAACAGCCGUGGUAUAAGCUUAUGUCGUCUAGGCAGCUGUGGAGCGUGGCUUCUGCUAUUACAUCGAGAAUGGCUUGGGAUUAUGAUGGUGUUCGUGUUGAGAGAAGGGGGAAGGCGAAGACGAAGGAGGUGUGGCCUAAUCUUGAUAAUGAUACAUCUCCAGAAGCUGUGAUGGCAGCUUUGAGAGGGAAGGGUGUGGAAGAUGGGAGGAGGGUUUAUGUUGCUUUAGACGAGGGGAAUGCAUCGUUCUUCGAUGUGUUGAAGGAGAGGUAUGAGGUUCAGACUCUUGAUGAUCAUAGAGAUCUGUGGGAUGAUGACAGUGAUUGGUACUAUGAUAUGAGAAAGAUGAACAAUGGCAGCGCCCUCGAGUUUGAUGGUUACAUGAGGGAAUGCGUUGACGAUGGCGUGUUCAAGAUGGGGAAGACGCGGAUUGAGACGUUCAAUGAUCUGACUAAAGACUGCAGGUAUGGUGUGAAUAGAUGCUAG